AGGGGGGUAUUAUGAUGUAAGACGUUCGUUAUUAUCGAAGUCAAUAUUAAGGCAUUGAGUUAUCACGUGGACAUCAUAUGGUACAAAUCAAACACCCCAUUAUGGCGCUCAGUUGGAACCGGCUAGAUUGACUCCAGGCAAGCGAGAACAUUGUGAAGCUAGUUCGUGUGAGCGAUGGAGGGUGGCGGCAGGGCUUCGUGGAUGAAAUAUGGUACCGCAUUGCCCCUGUUUGUGGUUAUUUUGGCCAUUUGGUUCCGGUCACCGGACAGUGAGGACCUGGACGACCGGCUGGACACCGUGCUGUCCUCGCUGCUCCGCGCAGAACGCAAAGUUGGAAUGAACCACGUCGCUAGACCGAAGGUGGCUAUCGGUUUUGGAGGCUGCGUGGACCUGAUUGUGGACGGCGUAUCGCUACUCAAUAAGAUUGGUCUGAUUCCCUCCGACCAGCCGCUGCAUCAUGACUACUUGGAAAGUGCCGAGCAGCUGUCCCAGAGCUUCGCCUACUUCUUUGCACCCGGAGCUGCUGCAGAACGCUUCAUGCUGAAUGAGACGCUCUUCAGCGAGUUGGUGGAUGCAUCCCGUGACCUACCUGGAAACAGGUGGGCGGUGGGCGGAAAUGCCCCCGUCAUGGCGAGCCGCAUGGCAACCGAAGGCUGUGAGGUGUUGCUAGGGGGAAGCUUUAGCCACGACUUUACUGAUGUCCUGCCGCAGCGCAUCACCGUGGCAGGCAACACGGUCGAAGAGCAAGACAUUCAUCUCAUCUUGGAAUAUCCGUCUGGUGCCGAGUGGGGCCAGUAUUCCUCUCGUAGAGCCAACAGGUACAUCAUCCACAGUGAUGACCAUAAUCCCUACCUGGCAUCCAUGGAAGAGUUUGCCAAGAAACUCAAAGGCUUUCAACCGGACCUUCUGGUUGUGGGCGGCUUACAAAUGAUGGACAACUUCCCCUUCCAGUCUGGUGAGCGUGCCGCUCUGCUGUCCCGCCUGGCCGAGGUGCUCGCCACCUCCUCUCCCAGCAUCGGUGUCCAUUUUGAGAUGGCCAGCUUUGUAGAAGAGACCAUCAUGGAAGACCUGCUGUAUUAUGUCAUUCCUCAUGCCGACUCUUUAGGGAUGAAUGAACAGGAACUCCCCAACCUGCUGAGUCUGCUCAAAGGUUCCAACAUCACCGUGCUGUCAGACCCGAACCCUCGCGUGGCGACCGUCCUGGACCAGAUGAGGGAGGUCUACCGCCUGGUCAACCAGCGCUACAAAGACUCCAGCGGGCAGGGCGACGACGCUCAGGCAUGGAGCAAACCCCUGACCCGCCUCCACGUGCACACGUUAGCCUUCCAGGCCAUGAUUGUGACCCGAGGCUCCCAGUGGAAGAACACCAUGUCGGCCACCGCCAAAGCCUCGCUCACGGCCAACCGCCACGUGUGCGGCUCCAACAACAUCGACCCCAGCAAGGCCAGGCUCAUCAUGGACGACUCGUUCUCCGUCAGCCGGCGGGAGGGCAGUCAACGCAUCCCGCUGCAGGAGAGCCGACCCGUCAGCUGCUGGGAGGAAGACGACUAUGAAAUCUGCGUGGCGCCUGUGCUGGUGUGCACAGAGGUGUACCAGACAGCGGGCGGAGGAGACAACAUCUCGGCUGCUGGCCUGGUGCUGCAGAUCUAAAGGAAUCACUUGGUCUCUUUGUGUGUAGCACUAACCUGCUGUUGUGUUGCAACGUGUUUGUUGGGAUCAAACACUGGCAUGGAUGUAAUGCAGCUCUCAUGUGGUGGACCACAGGGUCUUUUCUUUCUAGACCUUUCCCUUAAGCCUUCACUGAGGGUCGACAGUUAUGGUGGCUCAGCCAGUCUUCAGUGGCAAAAAUAUGCAUUUGGUUUUUUAAUUUGAAAGUUGUUGAACCUGUCUUCCUGUGACACACUGCUCUUUACGCGCCAUCUUUGCUGAGUCAUGGUAGUCAUGUAACAGCAAGGACUUGAUGAAAUGGCUUUUUUUUGCCUCCUACAUACAAUUCCAAGUUCCAUGUAAGAUGGGCGUUUGACUAAAUUUGCUGGACCUUACAUGCAGUGAGGCUCAUUCCUGUCUUUCUUCUCCCAUCUUCAUCUAUUUUCAAAGAACUCCAGAUCAGGGAAUUUGAAUGGAAUUUGAAUUUUUGUGCUCAGCCCAGACUCCGUUUACUCUCACAACAGGAAUUAAAAAAAAUCCUUUUGUAUUUAACCAUAGCUGAAGCUAGUAAGAAAGUGUUUUUAUUUUUCUCAAGCUGCCGCACCGACCCCCUUCCUCACACUCAAACCCUGUAAUCUUCCAGUACAUGUGAAAAAAUGGCUGCGAGUGUUUUGUUUAAUGUUGUCACACAGUGCAAUAAUGCAGAAACCAUUAACGAGACCACUGUCAGAUGCUGGAGUUACUGUUAUUGAUUAUAUUUUCUUUCCAUUUCACUGCCCUUAUCUAUGUAUGUGUGUGUGUGUGUGUGAGAGAGAGAGAGAGAAGAGAGAGAGAGAGACUUUAAGGACCAAAUGGUAAGGACUGCUUCCAAAAACAUUCCUCAUCCUCCAUGCUUAUUUCUUCACUAUAGUUUCCUGUUCAUAGCAGACAAUGCAACAUGUAUGAGGUCAAGUGAAAAUAAGCUACCCUUCAUUGUGUUCUUUACAUCAUACUGACAUGAUGCUGUACCGAGAACAUAUGCUGGAUGUCAAUGAGCCUUAAGUCUUUCAAGGGGAUCUUUUGUGGUGUGUAUUAUCCUCCAGCGUGAUAGCAAGCUGAACACUAACGGGUCAUGUUUUUUGCUGUGAAAUCUGUUUUUGGGUUAUUUUAGGCAGAAUGUGUUGGUAAUUUUCAUGCAGGUGAACUCAUGUCUACAUUGUGAAUAAAUGCUGACACAGCAUUCUGUGC